UACGUGCGUAAUGGUAAACGGCGCGUGAGAGAGGGAGAGCUGGACUGGGAAAGCAGGGAGGGAGAGAGACAGAUGUGAACGUGCAGAGUGACUCCAGAGGAGGACCGGGUAGUCAUUGGUGUUUCUAGGUUGGUUGCGCUCAGGAGCCGCUGCCAUGUCAGAGUGAGAGCUGCUUCUUUCAACUUAUGGCUUCUCUUUUUUUUCCCCAUGAAGACCGACUAAACUGAGCCUCUGGGACACAAUGGAGAACAACACAACCAUUUUCCAGGACGUCGCUCGGGUUGUGAAUCUGACAGAAAUGCCUAUGAAUCCUCUCGAAGAACAAGUCAUAACGAUAUUUUUGACGCUGCUCAUUUGUGGGGUCGGGAUUGCGGGGAACAUCAUGGUGGUGCUGGUUGUGAUGCGCACCAAGCACAUGGUCACCCCCACCAACUGCUACCUGGUCAGCUUGGCUGUGGCGGAUCUUAUCGUGCUCCUGGCUGCAGGCCUGCCCAACAUCUCCGACGUUGUGGCUUUCUGGGUGUACGGCUACACAGGGUGCCUCUGUAUAACUUAUCUACAGUACCUCGGCAUCAACGUAUCAUCCUGUUCCAUCACAGCGUUCACCAUCGAACGCUACAUUGCUAUUUGCCACUCCAUAAAGGCCCAGUUCAUAUGCACGGUUUCUCGGGCCAAGAGGAUCAUAGCUGGGGUCUGGAUCUUUACCUCACUCUACUGUACCAUGUGGUUCUUCCUGGUGGACACCGAUGAAACCGUCUAUAUCAAUGGGGUGGUGGUCAACUGCGGAUACAGAGUUUCCAGGAGCCUUUACAUGCCGAUCUACUUCCUGGACUUCACUUUGUUUUAUGUGGUUCCUCUCGCUGUUGCCACUGUCCUGUACGGGCUGAUUGCAAGGAUUUUGUUCAUGAGCCCUCUGCCGUCACACCUGAGCGACGGAACAGGAGGAGGAUCGGUACAUCAGGGUCACUCCAACAGCACCAACAAGACCAACAAGGGGGCAGUUACUGCAAGAAAACAGAUAACCAAGAUGCUGGCUGUGGUGGUCAUCCUCUUCGCCCUGCUGUGGCUGCCCUACCGGACACUGGUGGUUGUCAACUCCCUCAUCGACCCGCCGUAUACCAACACCUGGUUCCUGCUCUUCUGCCGCAUGUGCAUCUACACCAACAGCGCCAUCAACCCCAUCAUCUAUAACCUCAUGUCUCAGAAGUUUCGCGUCGCAUUCAAAAAGCUCUGCAAGUGCCGCUGUGGACGCAGGCAGGCCGAGUACCACAUGCCCAUUUAUUACAGCGUGAUGAAGAACUCCUCGCAUGGGAGCAACGAGCCGGUCACGGAACAGGAAGACGUCAGCGGCAAACCCGCCAACAGGUUCAACCUAACGGACGACGACACAAGUCAGCUCAGCAUUUCCAAAUGA